GACGUUGGCCCGUCAGGGUGCGUGUAUCUCCCGACCACACUACAGUCUCCUCUACAGACAUGCGGCUCCAAUGGGAACCACAGCAAAGGAGGAGAUGAACAAGUUUUGGUCGAAAAAUGCCAGACUAAACAGACCCAUGUCUCCUCAUAUCACCAUUUACAAUUGGUCCGUCCCCAUGGUGAUGUCCAUCACACACAGAGGAACUGGAGUGGGGCUCAGUGGAGCUAUCUCGGCCUUUGCCCUGGCAGCGCUGGUAUUACCGGAAAGUUACCCCCACUACCUGGACUUGAUCCACUCGUUGUCCGUCGGCCCGUUUCUCAUUGGGUUGGCCAAGUUCGGCAUCGCCUUCCCCGUAUCUUACCACACCUUCAACGGCAUCCGACACUUGUGGUGGGACAUGGGCAAGGGCUUCAAAAUCCCAGAGGUCUACCGCACCGGCUACACCGUUAUUGGUCUGUCCAUCAUCACCUCCAUAGCCUUGGCUUUUCUGUGAGCACCGGACGAGAAGAGAUGAGCAGAAACGAAAGGAGAGGAGGGAGCUGAAAGGGAAUGUGGAGUGGAUUCACUGUGGGAGUUUUGUGUAUAUGUUCUGUUCCGGCCCACUGCAGGCCCAAAUUCAUCAAAGUAUUAAAUAAAGGAUUAUAUCAUGCUUUACGCAGAGAA